UUGUUGUUAACAUGAACUAUUUGCAAAUAGUGCUGUGGCUAGCUAAGCUAACUGCCUGUAAAGAAUAAAGCUAACUGUAACAUUUUUACACCGGAUUGCCAAUUGCUUUAGAGGAUUACUUAGACCGAAUGUCUUGUAUUUUCCCGACAUUUUAACUAAUGCAUCUAAUAAAUCGACAUUUUUAAUGAUAUUUAACGGCGAAUAGCUGAGCUAAUGCUAGGGAGGUUGCUAACAAGUUAUGCUACAUGCUAUUUUGUUAGCUCUUUCUAGUGGACUAGUUCUUCUGCUAAUUUAGCACUUAACUAACUCAUGGAGUACUUGUGAGAGAUAAAUGUUUGUUAUGGAGGUGCGUUGUUCUAGUGUUUAAGCACACAUUUUUUAACUUCUUGCCUGAGUUGGUGGAUAACGGCUGGUUAGAAGUUUUCUGGGUGAAAAUGUAAGUUAUGUGCUUGUAAAUGUUGUCAAUUUCGCUGUUUUUGUAUUUAUUUUGUUUUUAGGUAGCUAACGCUAGUUGACAAUUGAAUGGAAAAGCUUACUAGAUGAGCAGACGUGUUUCCUUUAUUGUUCUCAGUGGCACAUCGUCUGUCGGCGUUUUACAGGAACUACAGGAAGCCUUUUAAAAUGACCAGCAAGGUCGUGUAGUUAGUUUUCUGCUCAACAGUUUCGAACCCAGUAUGAUUUAUUUAACUCUGAUCUGCUGCUAAUGAAGCUCUGCUAAGCCACUCGGUGAAGUUGAGAAGUAAAGAUGAGUGAGCUGAUCACACGGCUAGUCUUGGCUUUGUGUGGAUUUGGAAGAGGAAGAUGACAGUGUAGGAAGGGUGAUGAGAUGUUUUAAGAGUCGACCAGAAGAAUCCUCGGAGACUGCUAGAAAAUGCCCAGGAGAAAACAAUCAAAUCCACAGCCUGUCAAAUUGGGGACUGAAGAUGCUGUUGGUGUUGGGAAUCCAGAGAGUUUGGUUCUGGAGACUGAUUUCCUCCUUGAACAGGGUUUCGAAGAGACUGACUACACGAUCAUAGGAAUUGAGAGAGACUCUGAUUCAGUAACUGCUGACAUGGGAAUUCCAGCAUACGCCUUUAGCGAUGAGGACUGCUCCAGUUACAACCGCCUCAGCAUGGAAAGUGACUUUGAGGACCCCCGAGACACCGAAAGCGAACGGGAGGAGAUGGGCGGAGACUCAGCCUUUGCCCCAUACCUCUCCUGCAGGCAGUGUGGCCAGCUACUUGGUGAUCCUCUUAGUGGGGCCCUAGAUGUGGCAGGACUAUACUGUCUUCAGUGUGGUGGUGAAGAGAGGGGAGCAGAGCAGAAUCAUGAACAGGGAAAGGAGGCCACAUCUGCUAGGGCUUCCCAACAGAAAGGCCACAGAGUGAAGUCCACCCCCAACUCCUACAAAACAUUCUCGUGUAAACUGUGCAGCUUUACCUCGCGCUACUCCAACCACUUGAAGCGGCACAUGAAAACACACAAUGGCGAGAAGCCGUACCAGUGCCAGCACUGCACGUAUGCUUCAGCUCAGCUGGUUAACUUACAGAGACAUGUGCGCACACACACUGGGGAGAAGCCAUACAAAUGUGACUACUGUACAUUCGCCUGCAACUCCCUAGGCAACCUAAAGAGGCAUCGGCGCAUGCACACUCAGGAGAAGCCAAACAAGUGUAGUCAAUGUGAAUAUUGUGCAAGUAGCAGCCACACCCUGAAACGACAUAUGAUGGUACAUAAGACAGAUGAAUCCACAGCUGUAAUGGAAGAGAGUGUAGGGUCUGAUCUGAGUCUACACAUUAGUGCUGACCCAGACUUUCUGCAAAGUAUUGGGAGCCUGCAUGCUGCUCAUCACCCCCCCAGUCUGUUGGAGGCUGAGACCCUAGGCCCGGAGUCAGAGCCGAUGCCUGAGCUGCUUUUCCCCUUCACAUGUCGUGUUUGUGGCUUGGCAAUGGAGGAUGAGGAAGGAGAGGCCAUGCACAUCUGCAGCAAGUGCACUCUGGACAUGCUAGCUAAGAGCUCUCCAUCUAGCCCUGAGAAAGGGGACAAGCUUUUCUCAUGCACUUCAUGCCCCUUUAUCACACAGUACCCCAACCACCUGGUGCGGCACAUGAAGACUCACAGUGGGGAAAAGCCUUACAAAUGUCCACAGUGCAACUAUGCCUCAGCCCACUUCGACAACCUAAAAAGGCACCACCGCGUGCACACAGGCGAGAAGCCUUACAAGUGCCACCUGUGCGACUAUGCUUGUGGAAACCUGGCUAACCUAAAGCGACAUGAACGCAUCCACUCAGGUUCCAAGCCCUUCCAGUGUACCGUUUGCAACUACAGCUGUAACCAGAGCAUGAACCUAAAGCGCCACAUGCUGCGCCAUACUGGUGAAAAACCGUUUAAGUGCCAGGAGUGUGCCUACACCACAGGCCACUGGGACAACUACAAGCGGCACCAAAAAAAGCACGGCCACUCUCCUGAAGGGUGGAUGAAGAUGCCAUUGCCAGAGAAAGAAGAGGAAGAGGAGGAGGAAGGCGAGAUGUAGCGCUUUUUUUUUUCUUUUUUUUAUAUGGAGCUCUUCUCUCAUGCUCUUAAUAUCAAGCAGCUGUUGCCUUACUGUUUUAAUAUUGCAUAGGUGCAAGGUGCAUAUGGCAAGAAUAUAAUUCUGUGUUUGACUUCCAAAUUUGGUUUGUCUUUAAAUGGAGAUAAUGGGAAUGAAAGUAGUAAGGUCGUUUAAAAAUCAUUUUGUCAGCAUGUCAAGCAAAUGCAGCAACAAAGUACAAAUAUUACCGUAAGCAUGCAUGUGAUUGACUUUAAACUUUAAGGUAUAUUUAGUUUGUAGUACAAACCAUUCACAUCUGGUUCAUAAGCAUUAAGUAUUUAAACUUAGACUAAAGAUCAGACGGUUGUGGUUAAAAAUAUGUUCUCCUAAAGCUGGUUUAAUAACACUGACUUAAGACUUAAAGUUUUAAUAACAUAUUCAUUUAUUAUAAAUUUGAUAUAAUGUGUGAAGUACUCAUGCAACGAAUUGAGUCAACCUUUUCUAGGCUAAUAUUAUUUUUAUUUUGAAAUCUAUAUUCUGGAUUUGAUUACACUGAAAACCUCAGGUUGCUGCUAAAUUAUGUAGGAUUUACAAAUAUAUGGGUGCUUUUCUGGAUUUUACUGUAUAAUUAUUGUCAGAUGCCCCUGCACCAAUGCUGCACUGAUGUGUGUGUGUGUGUGUGUAUGUGAGAGAGAGAGAGAGAGAGAGAGAGAGAGUGUGUGUAUGUACACAGGAGUCUUCUUGGACCCUGGCACAAAUGUUGGAAAUGUGGUUGUAUGUGAAACUUAAAAAAAAAGUGACAUUCAGUUCUUUCCUAAUUAGGUUGUCUGGUGCCUACUGUGAAAUUUUUAUAUUUCAUAAAAAAAUAAACCUAUGAAAAGGGAGGAAAGUUGAACUUUUCUUAUGCUUUGUUAAGGGAAAAAAUAAAAAGGAGACCACA